AUGAACAGUAUGAUGACCAGUUUUGCUAUAUUCAUUAUUCAUUGUGAAAUCCUAAUUCCGCUGAGCAUCGGACUUAAACUGGAUGCAGGUAUUGAGCGCAUGCAGGUUGCGGACUCGAAAAGUAAUGUACCGACCGGCAGGGUGCAUAUUGCAUACGGGAAGGGGUGGUACGGGCCGGGUCCUGUAGCUUAA